AUGCAUUGUACUUUACACCGUGAUUCUCAUUCUAGCUUAAAAAUGAAGCUUUGUUUGGGCGCUCUGAUGUGCACAGAGAUAAAUAAAGCACUUUCAGUGACCAAAAGCGUAGGAACUGAAACAAUUAUUGUCCUGAAACAUUUUCUGUUAGCACCAAUAAAAAGGCACCCCUCGCGUACCACCAGUCACAUGUCCAAUCAGAACCGUCUUUCCGUCUUUCCCACACGUAUGAAUUUAACAAUCACCAAAAACCGAUUGAAGAGCGCCGAGAAGGGGUACUCACUUUUGAAGAGAAAGAGCGAAGCGCUCCAGGUCAAGCACAGGGAGAUACAGCAGAAGUUGAACAAAGAACAGGAUAACCUGAAGAACGCGAUCAACAACGCAUAUUACCUGCUGGCAAAAGCUGAGUUCCUGGGAUCAAACAUAAAAAUGUUUCUGUACGAGUGUUCAAGAUCCCCCAUUUCGGUUGAAUCGAGCAUGGAGCAGGUGAGUGGCGUAUUUCUGCCCGUGUAUUCGCUCAAGCAGGAUAACAGCAAUCCGUUGCUGUUCCUUGAUAAGUCGGGCAGUGCGUACCUUGGCGCAAGAAAUGCGUUCAAAACGGUGAUUGGCAGGCUGAUAGAGCUCGCAUCCCUGAAGAACUCGUUUGUAAUCCUUGACGAAGUGUUGAAGAACACCAACAGACGUGUGAAUGCCCUGGACUUCAUGUUGAUUCCUCGGAUCAACAACACGAUAGAUUAUAUAAAUGCCGAGCUUGAUGAGCAGGACAGGGAGGAGUUCUUCAGAUUGAAGAAGAUACAGAAGUCUAAGAAGAAGAGUUGA